AUGGCUACACAGCGCCCUCAGCGCCCGGCUCCCACGCCGCAACAGCGCAAGCAGUCCUCCUCCUUCCUCUCGACCAUCAAGUCGAAAGUCACCCGCUCAAAAUCGUCCCAGACAUCCGUCAUGACCCUCGUCGACACUAUCCUCGCUGCCCCGCCCUCGCCAAACGGUGACGGCCUCAAAGACUCGGAGGCGCGCGCCUUGUCCGAUGCCAAACCCACCAAAUCGCUCGCCUCGAACGUGUGGAACGAGAUCAAGAGCGGCGUCUUCGGCAAGGACAUUGCGACGCUUGCGCAGAUUGCCAAGUUGGCGGGCGAACCCAUCGACGACCGUGAGAUGCUCCUCGAGAACAUUGUCACGAUCCUCCAGAAGGAGCAGGAGGGCUCCCCCAUUCGCGAGCCAGUCACGCACACCCUUCUCAAGGUCCUUUGGGACGACCUCUCGCACCCGCCGAUCGCCUUCACCGGCCCACAGUACCGCUCUAUUGACGGCUACGGCACCAGCUUGACGGACCCGAGCCUCGGGAAGGCAGGAACUCCGUAUGCCCGCUCUGUCCCGCCCUGCCACCCGAAGCCCCCUCAGAUGCCUGAUCCCUCGGUCGUCUUCGACGCCCUCCUCCGCCGCAAAGAGUUCAAGCCUCACCCGUCCGGCAUCUCCUCGCUCCUCUUCUCCUUCGCGACCAUCAUCAUCCACUCCUGCUUCCAGACCUCGCGUACCGACCCGAACAUCAACGAGACGUCUUCGUACCUCGACCUUUCGCCCCUGUACGGCAUCAACGAGAAGGAGAUGAACGGCGUCCGGACGUACGAGCAAGGCCGUCUCCACCCGGACGUCGUCGCCUCCAACAGGCUUUUCUUCAUGCCCCCCUCGGUCGUCGCCCUCCUCGUCGUCUUCUCCCGCAACCACAACUUUAUCGUCGAGAAGCUCUUCCAGAUCAACGAGAACGGCAAGUACAAGCCUUGGGACCAGCUCGACGAGGCGGGACGCAAGUGGCAGGACAUGGACUUGUUCGAGAAGGGCAGGCUCAUCAACUGUGGCUGGUUCACGAAUGUCAUCAUCUACGACUACGUCCGCACUAUCCUCAACCUCAACACGACUGAGUCGACCUGGAACCUCGCGCCGAGUCCCGACAUCCAGAACUUGAUCAGCGGUCACGCUCCUCGCGGAACGGGCAACGCUACCUCCGCCGAGUUCAACAUCCUCUACCGCUGGCACGCCGCCAUCAGCAAGAAAGACGAAGAGUGGAUCGAAGGCGUCUUCAAGCAGUGCCUUGGCGACGUCUCGCUCGACGACGUUACCGAAGCAGACUUCAUGAAGGCGCUCGGCAAGCUCAACGCGAAGCAGGGUGCGGACCCGACCAAGUGGGAGAUUCCCGGUAUUCAGCGUACGGCGAGCGGAGCGUUCGACGACAACGACCUCUGCCGGAUCCUGACCGAGGCGACGGACGAAGUUGCGGGCGCGUUUGGUGCGAACGGCUCGCCUGUUGCGAUGCGCAUCAUCGACGUUCUCGGUAUGGCGACUGCGCGCACGGAUUGGAACGUCUGCACGAUGAACGAGUUCCGCAAGUUCCUCAACCUCAAGCCUUUCAACGACUUCGAGGACUGGAAUUCGGACCCUUCCGUCGCCGAAGCCGCUCGCCACCUCUACUCGCACAUCGACAACCUCGAGCUCUUCCCCGGUCUUCACGCCGAGGAGGCCAAGCCAUCGCGCGAAGGCUCAGGUCUCGCACCCGGCUACACCAUCUCGCGCGCCAUCCUUUCCGACGCCGUCGCUCUCGUCCGCGGCGACCGCUUCCUCACAACCGACCUGUGCUCGGCCAACCUCACGUCUUGGGGAUUUCAGGACGUCCAGCCUGACACGGACGGCGGCUCGUACGGCGGCGUCAUUGGCAAGCUUCUCAUGCGCAACUUGCCCCGCUCGUACACCUACAACAGCACCUACGCGCUCUUCCCCUUCACGACGCCGGCGACGAUGGAGGCGAUCCUCACGAAGAACGGUGUCUCCGAGAACUACGACAUGCGGCGCCCUCAGCCUGCUCCGCCCGUUCACGGCACGAGCAUCUACGCCGGCGCCAUGUACGUCCUCUCGAAGCCCGACACUUUCGGCGUCAUCUACGACGAGUCCAUCAAGGCGUGCUCGAACUCGUUCGGCUACUUCAUCUCGCUCGAUGACCCCGACGCGCACCGCCGCGACCGCGACGUCCAGUCCAAGGCGCUUUUCCCGUACGGCUGGCAGGACGAGAUGAAAAAGUUCUACGCCGAGAAGACGGUUGAACUGAUCGAGAAGAAGUCGUGGAACUACGUUGGCAAGACGAUGAUGCUCGACGUUGUGCGAGACGUGACGAACCUCGCGGCCGUCCACUGGUGCUCGUACCAGUUUGGCAUCCCCCUCAAGACGACCGAGACGCCGCACGGAGUCUUCACGCCGCAAGAGCUCUACCUCAUGCUUUCCGCCUUCUUCAUCUCCGUCUUCAUGAACUUCGACGUCUCGGCGAGUCUGAAGCUUCGCAGAGCAGCGGCCGAGUUCGCACCCGCCGUCCUCGGCAUCGUCAAGAUGCGCCUCUCGCAGGUCAGCGGCGUCCCCGCCAUCGUCGACAACCUCGCUCGCUCCAUCCAAGACAUGGUCAUUGGCAAGAACGUCCAGGGUCUCGUCAUGGGCAAGGCCGCUCGCGAGUACUAUGAGCGCCUCUUGCAGAACGACCGCCCGAUGGAGCAGCUCGAGGCGUCGGUGCAGAGCACGAUGACGGCAUCCGUCUCGAAUCAGGGCCAGGCCGCGGCGCAGGUCAUCAACUUCUUCCUCGCCGACGAGAACAAGGAGCACAAGGAUGAGCUCGUCCGCCUCUCCAAGCUCGACACGCCCGAAGCCGACACCCAGAUUCUCUCGCUCGUCAGCGAGGCCAUGCGCCUCGACCCGCAAGUCCCGCUCAUCCCUCGCGUCGCCAAGGUCGACGCCACCAUUCCUGACGGCGACCGCAAGAUUCCCGUCAAGAAGGGCGACUUUGUCUUUCCGUCGAUGCUCAAGGCUGGCAUGGACCCGUCCGUCCUCCCAGAGCCUGAGAAGGUCAAGACUCGCGACCCCUCCAUCUACCGUCUCUUCGGCCACGGCAUGCACACCUGCCUCGGCGCGCCCAUCGUCAACAUCUCGAUGGUGCAGAUGAUCAAGCAGAUCUUCCGCCUGCCGAACGUCCGCCGUGCGCCUGGCAAGGCCGGACAACUCGUUCGCUUCCACCAGGACGUCGCCGGAACCCCUUGCCCGAUCUACAUCGACGCCAAGCAGACGAUCUGGCCGCUUCCCGUCUCGCUCUCCAUCCUUUACGACCUCGAGUGA